AUCGUUCUAAACCAAACCCCACCCACUCUUAAACAACAUUAUCAAAUCAUUGAAAAGGGAAUCAUAAUAAGAACACAACAGAACAAAUGAUCCCAUCAUUACAAAGAAGAAGCUUCUAGCUAUUACGUAAACCCACCAAAGAGAACCAUUAGAUAAAAUGGCAGAUUCUGAUAUAGAGACCAACAGCAACCACAAUAGCAACAGUAUCAGCAACCACUCAACGGCAUCAACCACAAGCGUUCAUGUUUCAGCUCUCGACGGGAUAGUCAACGCAAAUUCUCUCUUCACAGUUGCAGUUUUUGUCGGAAUCACUUUCGACCAACCACGUGACCUCAACCUCGCGGACAGGACGGAGUGUAACGCGGGAAUUAACGUGGAACGUGAUCUCGUUGUUUUCGAAGUCAUCUCAUUUGCAUUCUUCCUCUUCUCCUCCCUCGUGGCUCAAGGGUUGAAGCUAACAAUCAACUUGUUGAACAGCAAAGAAACGGACGAGGUUUUUAAAGCUAAUAUCAACAGUGAUCUGCUUCGUCUCGGGGUGGUUGGUGCAGCCGGUGGAUCCAUCUUGGGCUGUGUGUUCCUUCUGUUAUCAAUGGUUGAAGUUAUUCAGCUACGUCUGGGGCUGCUCUCUUGUGGUACGCCAUUGGCGAUUCAUACCGUGUUGGCGCUGGUGGUCUUGGUCUCCUCUGCUCUUAGUGUUUAUAUUUUCACUGUGUUCUACUCUUUCAGGAAAUGA